CAAAAAAGAAGACACCUAUCAAUCAAAGUCACGCAAUGACGUGAUCAAAACGAAAAAAAAAUUCAAAAAAUAAACAAAAUUAUACAAAAAAAAUGCUAAACUGCACCAAAGGCAGUUUUAUACAUACGAACAUCAGAACAUAAUAAACGUCAAAUUGAUCCGUUUCAGUAAAAUGGGGAAACCAUCAUACAUGUAUACAGAUACGGAAUCUGAAGAAACAUCUUGCAGCUCCAUUGAGAACACGAAGAAGAAGAAGAAAUUUUCCAUCCUCAAAUACACUAACGGCAAUGUGAAGAAGAAGAAAUGCAAGAUGCACAGCAAGUCGGAGCCUGAGGACUCGGACUACCACAGCCGGAGCCGCAGCAGUCAGCGCGUGCGGUACAAGCUGCCCGGCAUCCUGAAGAACGGGAAUGUGGAGAGGGAUCGGGAAUCAUCUGAGGAGGACGAAGACAGCGAGCCGAUACAGCCGCGCUCUCGGGACAGGUACCUGGUGGGGCGGGUCCCACGGCCGGCGGGGGCGAAGCCCGGCCGAGGCGGCGGCGUCGCCAUCAUCGUCAAGAAGAAUAUCAGUACCCUCCAAGGCCAGCAGAGUUCCACAAACAGUGCUAAGCGUCGGAAGUCAUCACAUCGACGGCUGUCAAAGAAACGUUCUUACUGAUUACCAGAUUUUGUAUAACUGUAACGACUUCGCACGCAUGGACGGAGGUCGGCGCGGACCGGCCAGUUACCGUCAACGAUAAUUGGUAUAUUCUCAUAAUUUUUCUGUCAUGAAUGAAUAGUUUUAAUAAACUUGUCUAUUUAAUUCAGGA